AUGGAUGACAUCCUCGCCCCGAUCCAAGACCUCUUCGAAGGCCAGAUUGAUUUUCAAGGUCAGCGCAUCGCGGAGAUACUGUCUACGGUUCUUUUGGUUAUUUCAGGGGUCAUCGCAACGACCGUCGGAUACGUUUACCAAGAUAUUCACCUCACGCUUUGGAUUGGAUUGGCUGGAACGCUUGUUACUGCUCUUGCGGUUAUUCCCCCUUGGCCUUUCUACAAUCAGAACCCCGAGAAAUGGCUCGUCCCUGGGGCCGGGAGAGCGGCCGGCACAGGGAUCAUGGUAGAUGGUGUUAAGGUUUCAUAA